AUGUUCCCAAUCCGUAAGCUUCACUUAUUGAAAAGUUUUCAACGAUUUAUCUCAACAGCUCAAACCCCUCCAAGUUGUGAUUCGGAGUCAAAGCCCCAAAAUCUCGCCUCCCUGCUGAUAAUUCCCCAUGUCCAGGCGGCGAUAAAUGGACAAAUAAAUAGUGAACUGGGAGCUGCUUAUACUUACCGGUCUAUAAGUUACUAUUACGCGAAAUCCAGCGUUGGUCUGUUGGGAUUCUCAAAAUUGUUCCGUACCAUGGCCGAGGAGGAGUUGUAGCACGCCGAUAAGCUCGCACAGUACCUUCUGACGCGCAACGGUUGCGUCGAUCUUGGUUCGAUCAUGAAACCGGCCACGGGAUGCUGGGCAAAUAUUGGCACCACCCUAAACGAAACGAUUCGGCUCGAAAACACCGUCUCUGAGUCGCUCUCCAACAUCUACCGGGUAGCGGAGAAACACAGCGAUAUGGUAACAGCGGACUUCAUCGUGACCGAGUUUCUGAGGGAACAGAUCGAAUCCAUACGAGCGGUGAAUCUGUUGAUAGCCAAGUGGAGAUCCCUAGAGAAAGCUCCCGAUGGUGCCUACCUUAUGGACCGCGAGUUGGAAGGGAAAGACAUACACGUACACUGAUAGUUUGUUCCUACUGAAAGAACGGUUUAUUUAAGUUAUUUGAUAAAACAUUGCACAUGCCCUCAUUUAAAAUUGUAAUACGUCGGUGAAUAAUCGCUAAAAAUUCUACAACUCGAAAUCGUCCACUGAGCAGAGUGUGGUUUCGAUCAGUAGGUUAAAAUCUAACUCGUUCAGACUGGCCUUCGCGGUCAGCAAAUCCAGGAAGCAAUCCAGCGGUUCCUGCAUUUUUUGAACGGCGUUCAUCUGUUCUCCCAAAUCUGCGAAUUGGUUUAAGGAAAUUAGAGAAUUAAGUUUUUCUGAUGAUUGAAACAUAUUUAUUUCAUUCCCAGCAUGCAAAAAUUGUAUACAAACGAUGAAAUUCAUUAGCAGUUCAAUGAAAGGAAUAAAAAAAUAAC